UUAUCGUUUGAUGAAUGUCUAAGACGGGUUUGAUCGAUACUCAUCAGACAUCGAAACAGCUUAUCGAAAUUUUAAGUGCUCUACAUUUAGGUACUGACGUCAGAGAGACGUAAACAUUUGUUUGCCUGUCUUCUAGUCUCUCAAUUAUGGCAUAUUAUGUCCGCACAGCAAACACCGUCGUACCAACAAUGGAACAACAAAUAACAGCUACAAAACAGUUAAAAAACGAUUCAAAAAAAGAUUUUGAACGCCGACAUCCGGUUUUCCAGAAACCGAUUUUUGAGAGCAUAAUGACAGCUCUCAUUGUGAUGUGUGGGAUCAGCAUCAUUCAUUACAUCUAGUAGUUUAGCCGAUGUUGACGGAGUUAUUUCCAGAGAUAUACGUGAAUGAAUUUGCGGACUUUGAAAUACUUGACUUGACUUACAAAAUUUCAUCCAAGUCCACGUGAGUCUAUUAACAUUCAUAAAAGUUCAAAGAGCUAACAUCUACUUUUUGUUCGAGGUCGUCUGUAUGAGUUGUUAGAUGAAAUCAUACAUCUUAUACUUUAAGAUUGACCAGUAAACUACUUGAGAAUGCAGCUUUCAGUCAUCGAUCUAUAGACAGAUGAGGUAGAAGAGAAAAAAGUUUUGCCUAUAAAGUAGUGAAGUCGAACUCUUCUGCUUUUCUAUUGGUGAAAUACUCAGAACAUAAUCGAGACCGCUACAAAUUUUUUGCACUAAUAAUGCACUCACUUUCCUGUGAGAUGUCGAUACAUAUUUGUAUUACUCAUAUGACGUAGAAGCUAUAAAUGAUUUAUUCUAGUGAGAUAAUCAACGAAUUUGAUCAAUCAUCAUCAAUGACUAUUGAUUCAUUAUGUAAUUUAAUCAACAAACAAGUUUAUUAUAAGAGUUAUAUUUCCAGCAACACGUCAGAAUUAGAUUCUGACAAUGGAGAACUAUCAAAAUAUCAUGCAGUUAAUUUAUUACAUGAGCAAACAAUUGAAAUCCAAGAUAUUCAUCCUCAAAAAACAGCACAACAUAUAUUAAAUCUAAUGAGAUUAUUUGCAGGAAGAAUUAAAAUAUUAAAACAACUUGAUAUACUCAUUCCUUAUAAAUUGAGAAAUCUAGAGAAUUAUGUAUCAUGGACAGUCGAUAGAAAUAUUGAAACAUAUAAAGUAGAUAUUAAUCCAUAA